AUGAGCUCUUCCUCGUCGCGCAAGUCGCGCAUGAAAAGCGUCUCCAAUGUCAUGUACACCAAUGCUGUGUACUUUCCAAACUAUAUGAUAUACAAGGGAGACACGCCCGGCCAGCUGAACUAUGGCUGCAUCAGUCUCGUCUAUUACGCCUUUGCAAACAUCGCAGCAGACGGGGCCAUCUUUCUCAGCGACGAGUGGGCAGACGCUGGAGUGCCUUGCGAUGGUGUACAAGGCGGCCUCGGCUCCUUGAUGCACCUCAAGCAGAAACACCCGCACCUGCAGGUUGUCCUGUCUGUUGGCGGAGGUGCCACAGCAGAGUCGUUCCCAAUCGUGGCGGCAAGCCCCGUUAUGAGGGACAACUUUGCUCGAUCGGCCCUUGGCCUGGUUGAGGCGUCGGGCCUUGAUGGUGUUGAUAGUGCGGCUCCCCAUGCAACUCGCGCCCAGGGCGCUGAUUUCUUGGCGCUAUUGGCUGCAGUCCGCAUCCACCUGACCGAGGACCGCUACUUGCUCACCGCUGCUUUGCCGGCCGGGAAGGCGGUUCUGCAGAACGUCGACCUGAAGCGCGCCGCCGACUACCUGGACUUUGUCAACCUCAUGGCCUACGACUUCUUCGGCCCGUGGACGCACAAGUGUGGGCACCAGGCUCAGCUGUAUUCCACUGCCAAGGACGAGACGUCGGGGUCGUCUGGGGUCCAAUACCUGAUUUCGCACGGCUUCCCGGCAAAGAAGAUAUUACUAGGCAUCUCCCUGUACGGGCGGAGCUUCCUGAACACGUCUGGUCCUGGUCACAAGUUCAAAGGCUCAGGCGGUGAGGACGGAGCGUUUGAGUAUCGAGAGCUUCCUCGCCGGGGUGCCAAGGAGCAGGUCGACAAACGGGUCGUUGCGGCCCAGUGUGUCGGUGGAGAUGGCGGCUUCGUGAGCUACGACAAUCCGGACACAGUCAAGGUCAAGGCAGGUUUCUGUCGACAAAAGGGCCUAGGUGGCAUCUUCUACUGGACGGCGCCAGCAGACGCCAAAGACAGCUUCCGAGUCGCCUACCAGCUCUGGAGCCGCACCCCUGUAGCUGCUACAGCCCCCCAGACCUUAGGCGCCUCGACGGACCCUAUUGGCUCGGCUGGUGCCGUCUGGGACACUGGCCAACUGGGCUUGCCGCGUCAACGUGGCUGUUACCACUCGAGCCACUACUCCGUACGCAGCAUGGACGGCACAGCAGUCGUUGGUUCGGCGGCUCUGGAUGCAGGCAAGUCACAUUCCGUUCCAUCAGUUCACAAAUGUGGGAGUCGUUUAAAGCUAACAACGGUGCUGGAAACAGCCGACUACGAUCCGAUCAACCAUCUCAAUGCCCUCUUCGCCCAGCCGUCUUCCGUGCAGGCCAUUGCGCGCGUCUCCGACACCCUCCGCACCCACAAUGACGGCCUCUCCGCCUCCAUCACCGCCCUCGAGACCGCGCAGGCGUACGGGCCCGACUCGUCGCUCGAGCGCAUGCAGUCGGCGCAGGCCGAGCUCGCCUCGCUCUUCCGCCGCAUCGAGAGCGUGCGCUCCCGCGCCCUGCAGACGGAGCGCGACAUCACCACCAUGACGGCCGACAUCAAGCGCCUCGACGGCACCAAGCGCAACCUCACGCUGUCCAUGACGGCCCUCAAGCGCCUGCAGAUGCUGACGACGGCCUACGAGCAGCUGCAGGGGCUGGCGCGCACCCGCCAGUACCGCGAGUGCGCGGGCCUCCUGCAGGCCGUCCUGCAGCUCAUGCGCCACUUCAACAGCUACCGGUCCAUCGAGCAGAUCGCCGUCCUGAGCCGCGGCGUGUCCGAGCUGCAGCGCGAGCUCCUCGAGCAGGUCUGCGAGGACUUUGAGAUGGCCUUUGCCAAGGGCGAGGUCGGCCUGCGGCGGCCCGUGCUGGUCGAGGCAUGUCUCGUCAUGGACGCCCUCGGUGAUACGGCCCGCUCGAGGCUGGUGACCUGGUACGUCAACACGGAGCUGCGGGAGUACCGUCAAGUGUUUCGCGGCAAUGACGAGGCCGGAAGCUUGGACAACAUAGGCAGGAGGUACGCGUGGUUCAAGAGGAUGCUCAAGACGCAUGAGGAGGAGCAUGCGGCCAUCUUUCCCGCUCACUGGCGGGUCAACGAGAUGCUGGCCAUGGCGUUUUGCGACGGCACCAGGGAAGACUUCAAGGGGAUCUUGGAGAGGAGCAUGCGCAGGACGGAUGGCGCGAAACUCGACGUCAACCUGCUGUUGAGCUGCUUACAGGAGACUAUGGACUUUGAGCACGGCCUGGAGAAACGGUUCGCAAGCGAGCUUCCCAGAGCCAGUAUCGACACGUUGAGCUCGGCCGACGAAAGAACGCAGAGCUUCCACGGUUCGAUAUCGGUCGCCUUUGAGCCCUACCUCAGCCUCUGGGUUGACGCUCAAGACAGGCAGCUGGCGGCUCUGAUACCGAAGUACCGGAACCAAUCUUUGAUCGCCGAGGACGAGGAGUUUUCUCCCCAAGCAGUCAUUCCCUCCGCCAUUGAGCUAUUCCACUUCUACAAGACCACGCUAUCCCAGUGCGCCAAGCUCUCGACCGGUGAUCGCCUCUUGGAUCUCGCCAAGACGUUGGCCAGGUACCUUGACGAGUACGCGAACCAGGUUCUGGACGGCUUCCUCAAGAAGGGUGGCCAUCAUGGGCCUUCGAUACAGGAUACUAUCAUCGUGUUGAACACGGCAGACUUCUGGCACAUAAACACUGAGCAGCUGGAAGAGAACAUCAAGAAGCGGAUCGAUCCGGAGCUCGCCUCAAAAGUCGAUCUGUCAUCGCAGUCGGACAACUUUAUGCGCGUCGCCAUGUCGGCGGUGCUCUCGCUCGUGAACAAGGUCAAGAUCGACUGUGAGGGAGCCUGGCGCGAGAUGAAGAACACCAAUUGGAGCAAGAUGGAGAGCGUCAGCGACCAUAGCUCUUACGUCGGCGAGCUUCUUAAGCACAUCAACGAGAAAGUGGCAGAGAUCCUCCCCCUGGUGGUCAAGCACCAGUACGCCAGGGCCUUUUGCGACAACCUCGUCGAGCAGAUUGCGACGGCCUACAUUGAGACUGUUGUCCUCUGCCGGCCCGUGUCAGAGGUUGCUGCUGAACAGAUGCUUCUGGACAAGUACGUCCUCACCAAGGACUUUGAGAAGCUCCUCUCCCAUCAAAACCCGCCCUCGUCCUCGUCACCCGACCCCAACGCAAAGGCGCCAGCCCCGCCUGCCGGCUUCGUCAAGCGGGUGAACCAGGCCAUGGGCCGGAUCGACCCGCUCCUCAAGACGCUCCAGGUCCGGCCGUCCCCGCCCGAGGGCCUGGUCCAGGCCUACCUCAUCCACGUCGGGGACCGCUCGGACACCAACUUCAAGAAGGUCCUCGAGCUCAAGGGCGUCCGCAAGGCGGACCAGUCGCACCUCAUGGAGCUCUUCGCCAUCCACCGGGACGGCGCCUCGGGCCGCGACAAGCUCGUCCAGAACAGCCCGCUGCUCACGCCGCUCAUGGCGGGAGGCGGCGCGGGCGGCGUCGCCGCGGGAGCGCUCGGCGGCGCCGGCUUCGUGGGCGCUGCCGCGGCCGGCGGGGCGCAGGC